AUGCCUGUGGGGUUUUGUUUUGAGCCUUAUCGUUUAGAUGACGAUCCAAUACCUGUUGUAUCUUCAGUGAAGAAAAAUGUUCUAAUCUUAUUCGGUGUACUUACUGUUUUGUUCCUUUUCUUAACUAUUCUAUUAACAGUUUUGCUCGCCAUUGAAAAAGCGAAAAGCAAUCAACCAGUACCAGUUGAAAAUGAUGUAUGUUUAACACCGUUUUGUAUCAAAGCAGCUAAUUACUUAUUGGAAAGUAUCGAUGAGACGAUUGAACCGUGUGAGAAUUUUUAUCAAUUUUCAUGCGGGACUUGGCUUAGGAACAAUCGAAUACCUGAUGAUGCCGGCUCUCAAGAUACUUUCUAUGUGCUACGAACUCAAUUAGAGAAUAAUGUCGUCGAUAUCUUAACAUCGCCAUUACCCAAUGAUACAAUUCAUAUUAAAGCUAUCACUAAUGCUCGUCGUCUAUAUUCGUCGUGUGCCAACGAGGCUGCUAUUGAAUCAGCUGGUGUCGAUACCGUUCUAUCGAUCAUUGAUCAUGAACUUGGCGGUUGGCCAAUUCUGCAAGGUUCAUCAUGGAAUGAAACUCAAUUUAAUCUAUCUCAUCUAUUAGUUAAGCUACGUGAAUACAAUAAUAACAUUAUCUUUAUUUGUGUAACAUCAACAGACGAUAAGAAUUCUUCAGCUUAUUACAUUCGAGUUGGGCAAAGUGAACUUGGUCUUGAACAACGUCAAUAUUAUUUAAAUGAAUCCCAAGCAACUCGAGCAUAUCGACAAUUCAUCAAUGAUUUAGCAUUAGCUUUGUCGAACGACAGCACAACAAUCGAAGAUGAUGUUCGAGAUAUAUAUGAAUUCGAAAAAAAGAUAGCCAACUUUCAUUGGACACUUGCUGAACAACGAGCAAGACAAAACGAAACUGUUCGCACGACCAUUGGCAACCUUUCACGAGUCAUUAACACCACUUUUGACUUUGCCAAUAAUAUUCGUCAAAAUUAUCUAUUAGCUAAUGUUACACUACACGAUCAUGAUAAUGUUUCGAUCAGUGAAGUAGAGUAUCUGCGUAGUGUUUCGUUGAUCAUUUCUCAACAAUCACCACGCGUAUUGCAAAACUAUUUCAUUUGGCGAUUUAUGAUGAAUCGAGCAGGAAACAUGCCCAAACGUUAUCGAGCGAUACGAGAGCAAUUCGAUCGAGUCAUUCGUGGUACUACAGCUGAACGUCCACGUUCGAUAACAUGCGGAGUAUACGUCAAUACUCACAUGGGUUUUGCAGUAGCAAAACUGUAUAUCAAGAAACAUUUUGAUGAAAAUGCACGAAAUCAGUCAUUGGAAAUGAUUAGCGAUAUUCGAAGUGCGUUUAUUAAGAUGCUGAAUGAAUCAACAUGGAUGGAUGCUGUUUCGAAACGUAAAGCCAUUGAUAAGGCACUGAACAUUGAUGAAAAGAUCGGCUAUCCCGAAUUUUUAGGCAGUGAUAAUAUCACAGAACUAGAGGAAACUUAUACUGGAUACGAUUUCAAUGCAUCCUACAUUCACAACGUUCUCACUGUACUGAAACUAAAAGCAAAAGAAAACUUCAAAUUACUUCGCGCACCUAUCGAUCGUAAGGCAUGGGGUCCAAAUGCGCCAACCAUAGUCAAUGCGUUUUAUACUCCCUCGAAAAAUCAAAUAACUUUUCCAGCUGGUAUACUUCAAUCCCCAUUUUUUGAUAAAGAUGCACCAAAGUAUUUGAACUAUGGAGGAAUUGGUGCAGUUAUUGGCCAUGAAAUCACACAUGGUUUUGACGAUAAUGGUCGUCAAUUUGAUAAGGAUGGAAAUCGAAUACUCUGGUGGACACCUGAUACGAUCGAUCGAUUUAAUAAGCGUAAAAAAUGUAUUGUCGAUCAAUAUAGUGAAUACGUUCUCGAACAAAUUAAUACAACUAUCAAUGGUAAUCAAACUCAAGGAGAAAACAUAGCCGAUAAUGGAGGAAUCAAAGAAGCAUUCUAUGCUUAUCAAAAAUGGGCUCGAAAAAAUCGAUAUGCAGAUAAAAAAUUACCAGGUUUAACAAAAUACUCAGCUGAACAAAUGUUUUUUAUUAAUUAUGCACAAGUAUGGUGUGCAAAAACGACAGAUUCAUACGCGAUGAGUCGCAUUUUAACUGGUUAUCAUUCUCCAGGUCAAUUUCGAGUACUCGGUACAACGUCGAACUUUGAAGCGUUUGAUCGAGUGUUUCGCUGUAGACCAGGACAAGGUAAUAGUCGAACUAAUAAAUGUACUGUUUGGUAA